AUUAUUCGGUGACAAAACUUAUAUAUAUAUAUAGCAUGUAUAGACAACGAACACUGCUGAUUUUAUUAUUAGAAGAAAGAAUUUGAUUAGUUGAGGAAUUGAGAUGGAUGGUAAUAAUCGGAGGGCUGCUCAGGGUAACGCCCCAGCAGCCGGAGCUAUGGACACCGCUGAUUGGCGGACUCAACUUCAACCCGAUUCUCGUCAACGGAUUGUCAACAAAAUAAUGGAGAACAUUAAGGGUCGUCUUCCUGUCUCUGGACAUGAAGGAGCUCAGGAGCUUAACAAAAUAGCAAUGAGGUUUGAGGAUAUGAUCCAUACUGCUGCCACGAGUAAACAAGAUUAUCUGCAAAGGUUUUCAAAGAUGCUGACUAAGUUGACGAAAUUUCAAUAUCCCGAUUCUAUACAACCCAAUGCUAUUACUAGUGGUCAGAAUGCCCAUGGCCCAGGAUCCCACAGCAUGCAUUCCCAAGUUAACAGCCAAGCACAGCAACUUCCUGUACCUAUGGUGGCCAAUGAAACUCAAACAAAGCAACCACUGUUGCUGCAGAACAUUCAGAACAACAUGGCAUCCCAAAAUUGUGUUAGUUUGAGCCCAGCACUUCCUCCUGUGGGCAACUUAACUCAAGCUACCAUGCCAAAUGUUGUUGGCCAGAAUUCAAAUUUUCAAACCAUGCCAAAUGUUGGUCAAGUCGUGCCUCCUGAUCUGGUUAGUAAUUCUCAGAGGCAGAUGCAGGGAAGACAACAACAGGUUGCUUCUCAACAGCAACAGCAGCAAUUCCAGACAACACAACAAUUUUACCAGCAGCAGCUGCAUCGUCAAAUGAUGAAGAAGAAAUUUCAGCAGGGAAACACGCCACAGUCCUUGAUACAACAUGAACAGCAGAAACAACAGCCACAGUCACAGGAGGAGCAGCAGCAACAGCGACAAAACCUUCUACAGCCUACUCAGAGAAAUCAGCAGCAGUUUGGUUCUCAAAGUAAUAUUGCUGGAAUCCAGCAGCAACAGUUGACUGAAAGUCAACCUGUUAACUCUGGCUUGUCGUGUAAUCGGCAUCCUAUCCAUAUUUUGCAACUAUCAAAAAUUCCUGUACAACGGCAAACGCUACAGAGCGCUGCAACCGUGUUACCAAGUCAACAUCAACAAUCGCAGUCACAUCCGGUACAACAGCAAAUGACGUCGCAGAGUCAAUCACGACCACCUUUGGGUUUGCAGCAACAGAAGAAUCAAUUGCCAAGGGAAAUGCAACAGAGUAUUCAAGUAUCAAGCCCGUUGCUUCAACAUCAGAAGGAGCUAUAUCAACUACAAAGAGCCACACCAGAAGCUUCAUCAACAUCGUUAGAUUCUACAGUCCUGAGGGGAAAUGCAAUUGGAGCUGAUUGGCAGGAGGAGGUUUACCAAAAGAUCAAGUUUAUGAAGGAGAUGUAUUUAUCAAAGCUCAAUUAUCUAUACCAAAAAAUUGCUUCUAAAAUGCAACAGCUAGAUUCUCUUCCUCAGCGACCUCAAAAUGAGCAAAUUGAAACGUUCAAGAUGCUCAAGAUCACACUGGGACACAUUUUGCUAUUCUUGCGGCUUAACAAGCAGGAUAUCAAGCUUUUUCAUAAGGAGAAACUGCUACAGGUUGAGAAGCACAUAGGUCUCUUUCUUAGUUCCGAUAGGCCGCGCACUCCUACUUUGUCUCUGCAGCAAGGGCAACUUCCUGAAGCUCUUCGGAUGCAACUGAAGGUACAGAGUUCCAUGGAAGCAAUGCAGCAGAAUAAUCUCACCAAGUUGCAACAUAAUUCCUUUUCUCCUCAGGUUACCCAACAUCCUUCUCCGCAAACUGACGAACAAAAUAUGUUGGCGUCUCUUACUAAAGCUGGGCCUCCUCUCCAAUCUGCAAACUCACCAUUUGUCGUCCCAUCUCCUUCAACUUCCUGGGAUCUAUCUCCAAUGCCAGGGGAUUCUGAAAAAGUUAGUACUGGCCUUGCAUCACAUAUUGCUGCUGGAAAUAUAACGCAUCAGCAGGCUGAUGCACCUGACCAAUCCGUUGGAAUUGGUAUUCCGGAGAUAUCAGCCUCACCUUUGCUUGCAGAGUUUACUUGCUUAGAUGGUACACAUGCCAAUGUUUCAGCUGUUGUUUCAGGCAAGUCAAGUGUUGAACAAUCAUUGGAACGCUUGAUGAAAGUGGUUAAAAACAUGUCCCCAAAAGCAUUGAAUUCGUCAAUUAGUGACAUCAGUUCAGUUGUCAGUAUGAUGGAUCGAACAGCAGGAUCUGCACCAGGAAAUGGAUCAAGAGCAACUGUUGGCGAAGAUUUGGUUGCCAUGACCAAAUGUCGUCUCCAAGCGACAAAUUACUCUGCACAGGAUGGACUGCCAGGAGCAAAGAAACUGAAGCGACACAGAACUUCUGAUGUCGUUUCAUCAUGUGGCAAUGUAAAUGAUAGUUUCUGGCAGUUGAAUGGGUCUGAAGUAUCUGAGUCAGAGUCAACAGCAACAUCCAGUUUCAAAAUACCGAGACCUGAGGUUAAUCAUGCACUGGUUGAAGAGAUACGGAAUAUCAAUCGGCAGCUUAUCGACACUGUUGUAGAAAUUAGUGAUGAAGGUGUUGAUCCGAGUGAUGUUGCUUCCGCAACAGAGGGUGGUGAAGGUACUACUGUUAAGUGUUCCUUCACUUCCGUUGCAUUGAGUCCAAGCUUAAAAUCACAGUAUGCUUCAGCACAGAUGUCUCAAAUUCAGCCUUUGAGAUUGCUCGUUCCAGCUAAUUAUCCAGACUGCUCUCUGAUUUUGUUGGACGAGUUUCCAGUUGAAGUCAGUAAAAAGUAUGAAGAUCACUCCAUGAAGGCCAAAUCAAGGUUUGGUGUCUUUCUGCGAAAUUUUUCACAACCAAUGUCUUUAAAAGACAUAGCAAAGACUUGGGAUGUUUGCGCUCGCUCUGUGAUUUCUGAGUGUGCACAGCAAAAUGGUGGAGGAACCUUCAGCUCAAAGUAUGGGUCUUGGGAGAAUUGUUUGAGUACAGCAUGAUGAAGACCUAAUUUAUGAGCAAAGUUAUGAGUUUGGCUUGAUCCAUCUCUUGACUCCGUUCUAAUCCUGUCUUGAUCCACCCUUUGGCUUUGCUCUCCUUCUGCCUCCUAUUUACUGGUGGUGACAGCAUAUUUCUCGGCUUCUUGAAUUGGAAUGCUGAUUUUUUUUUUUUUGGUUUAUGCUGGGUGUUGCUCAAUAAGAACUUACAUUUCAAUUGAGUUGUUUCUAAUCAAGUAUGGAGUUUCUUUUUGAGGUGUUUGUCCUUUUACUUAAUUAUAUUCAGUGUUCUUCUGAACUUGGUGAAAUUAAAAGGUUUAAAAUAUUGUCU